UUUGCUGUAAAUGGUUGGCCGUUCGUUACUAGUUACUAGUAGAUAUAGAUAUUUUUGGACUUUAGGUAAAAUGGAAGGGUAGAAGAUUACGGUCAUAUGAAUCAUUUAUAUGGCCGUGUCGAAGAUAUAGUUUAUAGGGCAAUCCUUUCGCUAGCUAAUUCAAGGGCAGUGCUGCCAGUCACCUCAAGGCUACAAUGCCAUGUGAUUUAUAAUUAAAACCUUAUCAAUAUUGCCCUUGUGGCGAAGGUCAGGGCAGGAAUGGUUGUUUGUGUUCAUGUGUACAUGUGUGUGAAAUGAAAAUGAGAAUGUGUGGUCUCCUUUGUAAUCGACGGAACUGCCUUUGAGCAAACUACAGAAGUACCAGCGAAUGUAUCGAUGCACGACGUUGUGAAAAGUUGUGGGAAAAAUCACUGAAAAGUUCCAAACAAAGAGAACGUAGAAAAUUGCCAAUUUGGUCUGUACGAUGAAAAUAAACUGACACGAUGCAAUUCUUUUUAUGCAUGGGAAAGUAAAAAGAUUGAAGACUAAUGUGUACGCUUCCUGAACUUUCAAGAAAAUAAUGAUAAUAUCAACCAAACUAUGUAGGUGCAAUUAAAGAGCGCAUUAACAAGAACGCAAGUACGAUCCAGCACUAAUGUGAAAGCGAUAGAUCCGAGUGUCUAUCGCUUUCAAGAUUUGACCUGUUGUUCCUUGUUCUAUCAGAAUGUGAAAUUUCACUUAAAACUAUGGUAACAAACGGACGUUAAUUACACCCUUAGCGUGACGAGACGCAACUAAACACACAAAUUUUUUCCAUCGAAGAUAAUACGAAUACGAAGUAUAAAUGAAAAUAGGAUACAAAUAUGAAAGUUAAAGAAAAAAAUUAUUAUUAAAAUAAGAAUUUUUAUCAACUAUAACCGAUGUACUUUUUACCGAAUAAUUUUUCUAAUUGAAACGACGAUGCAAAGAAAGCUUGGAAAGAGAGCCGCCAGUCCUGAAGGACAAACGCGCGACGAUAUUUCAUGCGUGGCCACUAUAUAUAAAGGUGAAACUCAUGGAAAAGAACCACUUUUCUUUCCCCAGUCUUUACGCUAAAACGUAUCUAGAAAUUUUACUAUCUCGUAGCGAAUUGUUACCUAAGUAGAUUUUUUAUUAAGAUGUCGCAACGAUUCAUUUGCGCUCUGCUAACGACUAGCGUUAUUUGCUGUGCACUCGCGGAGAAUAAUGAAUUCGCCGCGGCUUCUGAAUUCGUUAAGAAACAGCUCACGAAAGAUAAACUGUUGACGGACGUCGUACGCGCUAAAAAUUCUUCCAAGACGCCAUAUCUGUAUAGCGUAGUGUCUGAUAACGCGCAACAUGGACAGAAAAAUUUGGAUAAACAUUCACGAACGAUUAUCAAUCAGCGAUUGGAAUCUGAUUCAAGAGGUUUCAGUUGCUGCGGACCCAGAUACGGUUCCAAUUCGUCAACGCGACCUGAUUCGUAUCACAGUAGGAUCCCUGUGGACAAUGGUCGAUAUCAAACUAAAUUUACUGAACGUUUACCCACUGAUAGAUACGGCUGGCAAACUCAAGGACCACCACCAGGUUUAAGCGGAAGACCCGGAAGUGGAAGUUACGCUGGAACUGCAUUUUACGAAGGAGGUCAUACAGGAGAUAGAUUUGGUCCACGACCGAGUUAUGGGAACGAAGGUUCACGCAAACCUGGUAGUUAUGAUUCCGGCGGAGGAUAUGGUUAUGCUAGCAGUGGUUUCGGAGGAUAUAGCUUUAACCGACCAACUGGUUACGGAGGUGAUUAUGGAAUUUCAGGGACCUUCGCUAAUGGCGAUGAAUUCGGAUCUGUGGAGUCAAAUCGUCCAAAUGGACAUCCUCCUCCCCAUCCGAAUAUUAACGCACACAAGGCCGUCGCUUUAAAGGCAUUGGCAGGUGUUGCGUUAAUUGGUGCAGCCGCCGCUUUAGCAACAAAUCCUGUUCUUCUUCCGCUCGGAGUUGUAUCAGGCAGAAAGAAACGAUCGAGUUUGUCCAUCAAAGACAGAAAUGAUUAUAUGAAUUACAUUUUAACAAACUUGAAAAGUAACGUUACCAAGAAUGAUGAAGAUGGAAAGAAAGUAUCUCUCUCACCAACGUGUGUAGCUAGAGUCACGUGCGAGAUUCAAAAGAAUUACUGGAUCAAUCGUAAGAAGGACGCUAACUUUUUCAAAGAAAUAUCAGCAUUGGAACAUCGUCUUAACAAUUUGCUUCUAAGUAAUGUACUGGACGAUGAACUUGUGAAUAUGCGCAUUAGAAGAUUAGUAAGAGCGGCAACCAUUGUUGCCGUGAAUGGAGACAACUGCAACGCAUUUACUUGUACUCUUGUACAAAUCAAAACAAGCAAGAAUCUAUCUGUUCUUAAACUAUAGAAUUUGUCAAAGAAUUGUAACUGGAUAUUCUUCUAAAUAUAAAAACCGACGAAAAAAUGAAGGCGUAAAAUUUUCCACUGAUACGAAA